CAUCGGUCCGCAGGAACCGGCAAAGAGUUCCUCCGGGAACUUUUGAUUGUUACACCAGAACAUGAGAAAAUAUCGCAUACCUGAGUGAGGAGCAAAGGCAGAGGCCCAACGCUUUUUUUCCCUUUUAGCUCGGUAACGUGUUUACGUACAGUAUUGAACUCUUCUAUUGAAAUGUGAAACAACCAGUUGGGAAUCCACAAUGUCGGAUUGUGUAAAUUUGCACACGCAGUUGGCCUACAUAUUAGAUGCUCUGGCAAAUAAGGCUUUGGAGGAAAUCUGCAAAGUCGUAGACGAUGGAUAUGCCGUUUUACGUUUUGAGGUGUCGCGACACCAGAAUGAAAACGAAAUCCUUAAGAGGAAAUUGCAGAUGAUGGCGCUUAAAUCUGCGCGAUGCUCGGUGGAAAGAGCAGAGACGCACACGAGCCCUGAUGUAGUAGAGGUUUGCCAUACGUUCACUGGACCAACAGCUGAUGAGUGCGGUUUUGCGGCUGCAGAGAGUGCGUUUUGUCAACAGGCCGACGUCAGCCCCGGGAGAAACGGUGAAACAACGGCAAUAGAUGAUGAAGAUGAUGCUCAAGCGCAGGACAUCGUUACAAAGGAAGAGGAGGGACGGCUGGACUUAUUCAUUAUCAAGGAGGAGAGACCUGAAGAGGACCGGGGCAGCACCGAGCCGCACGGAGUGGAGGCGAUCCGGAGAGAGAGAGGUGCGGAGUGGAGGGCAGGCAGCAGGGAAAAGCGUCCCGUUCAGGAAACGCAGAAUAAAGCAGCGAAUCACACAGAGGAGCUCACUGAGCAGCACAGGACCAGACGUGGUGUUUGGGAGGUCAGUGGACUGGAACCUGCUCUCAAAGCAGAGGGACAGAGCGAGUGUGUGGAGACGCUCCAACACAGAGGAGCUGAACACAGGGCAGGAGGACUCAACAGUCUGGACUCUGAGUUUGUCAUGUUUGAAAGACCAGGCCAACUGGGGUCUUACUGUACACAAGGGGGCGCUGUCGCAGAGACGGAGGAUCCGUGCUGCUCUUACUCCACAGAAACGGCAGCACAGAGCCUGUUGGUUUCAUUCUCUGAAGGGCAGGAAACGAGUGGAUGUGAAAUGAACUUUGUGGGAAAGAAACCAAUAAUUUGCAAGUAUUGCGGGAGGGUAUUCGCCCGCAGAAACGCCCUGGAAAUACACCAGAGAGUCCACACCGGAGAAAAGCCCUUCAGCUGUCUGCAGUGCGGGAAGCAGUUUGCCCACUCUGGCAACCUGAAGGUGCACCAGAGCGUUCACACGGGCGAGCGGCGCUUCAGGUGCUCGCUGUGCGGGAAGCGCUUCAUCUCCUCCAGCCACCUGAAGAGGCACCGGAGCGUUCACACGCGGGACCGGCCCUUCGCCUGCGCGCAGUGCGGGAAGCGCUUCUCCGAUUCCGGCAGCCGCAAGCGGCACCAGAGCGUUCACGCCGGGCUGACCGCGUUCGUGUGCGCGCAGUGCGGGAAGAGGUUCGCGUCCUCGGGCCACCUCAAGCGGCACCGACUGCAGAUGCACGCAUCGAACGGUGUCUCGGACUCCCGGAGCGCCGCUAAAGAGGGUCCGUGGCAACAGGAUCGGCACGUGCUUCUUUAACCUCGUCAGACAUGCAGGAGGAGGACAGGAGUGAAAUAACCUGAGGUUACUCACAGCUGAACUAUGUCAGUUACUCAUGCACUUAGUCUAAAAACAUAUUCAGGUUAAUACCAGGCCUUACAACGCUGGUUAAUGGGAGCGAUGCAAGUGCUGAGAAAUCAUGCUUGUCCUUUGUGUUAUACACAGUGGUAUAAUUUCUGCUGUUUUGGCUCUGUACUGUUUGGAACAUGACUGAGAAGAAACGGAGCACUGGUGAGCUCAGUAAUUGCAAAGUGGUUGGUAGGCCAAGGAAGUUGAUGACCAAAGUAAUUCUUGCCAUAUUGCAGAGCGCAAAACCAAACACCUGUGUGACAGAAACUCUUCAGGGGGCAGUGACUAUUGUACAGAAUAUUGUAUAACGGAAGACUUCUCAAACAUAUCUACAGAGGCUACACUGCAAGGUGGAAACCACCAUUUACUGUAGCUGCGAAAAACAGGAUGGCUAGGUUACGGUUUGCUUUGUAGUACCUAAAAGAGCCUGCAGAGUUCUAGAAAAAGGUUGUGUGGACUGAUGAGGCUGAAAGGAACUGCCCAAGAGCCAAAGCACCGCCCUGUCAUUUGUGUACAUGGUGGUGGGGGUGUUAUAUUUUGGGCAUGCAGGGCUGCCACGGCUGCUGGCUCAUUGAUGUAACCGCUGACAGCAGCCGCAGUAAAUGACAGCCAUGCAGGUCGUCUGGCCACCAGGACUCGGAUCAGACUUUCAAACUCGGCAUUGGAGAUCAAAUAUGAAUCAAGAUUCAGCAACUGCUUUGCUUAUUUCUGUACAUUUCAUUACAUUAAAGGCAUUUAGCAGACGCUCUUAUCCAGAGGUAUUUCCCCAGGUAUUAUCCCCAGGUAUUUCUCACCUCAAAUGUUUUCAGAAACGUAUUUUAGUGGACUGAGAGAGAGAAAACGGUCUACCAUAUUAUUAUGUUUUCCCAAAAAGAAUGAACCCACAGUCUACUGAAUCAGGUAAGUUGUCCCUUAAAAAGUUAA